AUGUCAAGCAAGCUAAAGAAGGCAAUUGGUGCAGUGAAAGAUCAAACCAGCAUCAGCCUUGCUAAAGUUGGCAGCAAUACUACUUCAAACCUUGAGGUUGCAGUGCUUAAAGCAACCACUCAUGAUGAUGUCCCAAUAGAAGAGCGGUACGUGAAUGAAGUUCUCUAUCUCGUUUCUUCCAACAAAGCUUAUGCUGCAGCCUGUGCACGAGCCAUUGGUAAACGUAUAGGCCGGACACGAAAUUGGAUCGUAGCCCUCAAAUCUUUGAUGCUUGUUUUAAGAAUAUUUCAAGAUGGCGAUCCUUAUUUCCCUAGAGAAGUCCUUCAUGCAAUGAAAAGAGGGGCAAGGAUCCUCAACCUUACUAGUUUUCGUGAUGACUCAAACUCGAGCCCUUGGGAUUUCACAGCAUUUGUUAGGACUUUUGCUCUCUAUCUCGACGAGAGAUUAGAUUGUUUUCUAACAGGGAAGCUUCAGCGUCGAUAUACUCAUAGAGUGAGGGAAGCUUCAGGUCAUAGAAACAGCAGGGCUAAUGAGCCGGUUCGUGACAUGAAACCAGCAAUGUUGCUUGACAGAAUUUCAUACUGGCAAAGAUUGCUUGAACGAGCAAUUGCUACGCGGCCAACAGGCGCUGCAAAGACUAAUCGAUUGGUGCAAAUAAGUCUUUAUGCAGUUGUGCAAGAGAGUUUUGAUUUGUACAAAGACAUUUCUGAUGGACUUGCACUGCUUUUAGACAGUUUCUUCCAUUUGCACUAUCAGAAUUGCGUUAGUGCCUUCCAAACCUGUGUGAAGGCCUCAAAACUGUUUGAGGAGCUCAGUGCUUUCUAUUCCUUGUGUAAGAGCAUGGGUGUGGGGAGAACCUCAGAAUAUCCAAGUGUGCAGACAAUAUCUGAGGAACUAAUCGAAACUUUACAGGAGUUUUUGAAAGAUCAAUCCUCUUUUCCAGCAACUUCCAAGUCCCCAAACAGGCUUUUGCUUCUUCCUGCACUACCAAAUUCUGUUGCGAGAUCAAGCCGAGGAGAUAGUUACGGUGGUCUGUCAGAAUUCUCAGUUACAACGGAUGGAUAUUCAGAGAGGACCUCUGAAUUUGGUUCACAAUGCACGUCAUUGGAGGAUCUAAUAAGUGCGACAGAAAUAACCGGAGCACCACCAUCCAUUUCAAUCGAUUUAGAGGACUAUUCUGAUCAAUUUAGCAAGCAAUUACAGCAUGAAAGAUCAUUCAGAUUAAGUGAUUCUGGUUCAACGCACUCUUUACCAGUUUCGAGCUCCAUGGCUGAUCUUGUAUCUCUAGAUGAUUGGCCAGACGAAGAGAAACAAUCUCAAGACCAGCAAGAACAGGAAAAAGAACAAAAUGACAAGGCAAUUCAAUCUUCUUCUUCAGCCUCAGCCAAAGAUUGGGAACUUGUUCUGACUGAGGUGAUAGCAACAACACAAGGGUUGCCUACUCCAACCGACAACUUCAAUGCCUUCCCAGAACAAGAACAGCAGACACAAAGAUUAGAACAAAAUGUCCCUCCUAACUUCACAGCAACUGGUUGGGAGGUUGCACUAGUUGUUUCUCCUCCACAAGCCCCUCAACCAAUAACCAACGCCUUCGAUGGAUCGACUCUGGAUAGUUUAUACAAUCAAUCUUCAAUGCCAGUAUCAUCAUCACAACAACACUACAAUCCCUUUUUAGAGGAUACACCGGCAUUGCCUAGCAUGCCAUUUCCAGACUCCAUCACCACCACUGCUGCAGCAGCUGCUGAUCAGUUCCAAUUGGAAUUUCCAGCUACCGAAGCAUAUUCAUUUGCACCGACAUUUCAAGCAGCCGAACCCGCAGUUCCUACAUUUAAAGCAUCUCUUCGACCAACCUUUUCAGCUCAGGAUCCAACUGGUACAGCAAUGGUUCCAGAGUUGGAGAAUGAUCCUUUUGCAACAGUUUUUUCCAGCGAUCAAAUGUUAAAUGCUUCAAUGAAUCAGCAAAAUUUCCUGCAUGAGCAACAAUUGUGGUUGCAAAACCAAACCAAGAUUAUAGCAAAGCAUACCGCUUGA